AUGUGAGCAACCAAAAAAAGCAGAUAGAGAAGCUGCUUUUUUUACACCCAUAUCUCCGCAUACUGUAAAUUCCCCACCAAGGCAUUCCAUCGCCGACUCCACAGCAUUUAGCAACAAUCAAUGCUCUGUUUCUUUGCUAUGACGUUUUCCUAUUGACUCUCAGCAUUCUAGAUUUUGCAUAGAAUUGUACAUAAAUUAUUUCCCAACAUCAGUUCUGAUUGUUUUACUAGUAGUAGAACUAGUUCAGAGGCUUCUUCUUUCCCAAUUCCCCUUGGUUUCAAUUCCAAUUCUUUAUCAAACACAGUAUUGUAACAAAGACGUUAAUUAUUUUGACCAAGAAGUGCAGUCAAGUAAUAAUCUGGGGUAAAAGACUUACUAAUUAUGUUUAUUCAACUGAAGUUUUCCCGUGAAUCAUUCUGGGUAUCCUAGUGUUUUCCAGUCCUCUCAGUUCCCUUAAGUUUUCUUGGAUGGGUAUUCCUUAGAUUCCUAAUUUUUCCACGGUAUCGCUUAACCCUAAUGUUUUUAAGUAUGAACUGAAACAUUAGGGGGCUUUUGUUCAAGGCAGUGGAGAAUACCUGGUCGUUCUGUGUUUGCAAAAGCGACUUAAGGAUGUUGCCACUAACCACAAAAGGGUUUAACCAGAAGCUGUUCAACUUCCAUAGCAAAUUUCUCAUUCGUCCUUUCAUAGCCAUGCUGGACCGUUCUUCAACUUAUGUUUCUGUUCGACCUUUCUCUACUUCUUCUCCCGUUAAGACUCCUUUCAAGCGCGUAGGCACACACAACGGCAGCUUCCACUGCGACGAAGCUCUUGGCUGCUUCAUGAUUCGCCUCACCAACAAGUUUUCCAACGCCCAAAUUAUCCGUACCCGAGAUCCCCAGGUGUUGGAGGGUCUUGAUGCUGUGCUUGAUGUUGGUGGUUUGUAUGAUCCAAGGAAUGACAGGUAUGAUCAUCACCAGAAGGGGUUUGAGGAGGUUUUUGGGCAUGGGUUCAAUACAAAACUCAGUAGCGCCGGUCUUGUUUACAAGCAUUUUGGAAAGGAGAUAAUAGCAAAGGAGCUCCAAGCUGAUGAGGGACACCCAGAUGUGCAUCAGUUAUUUUUGACUAUUUACAGAAACUUCAUGGAGGCAAUUGAUGCAAUCGACAAUGGAAUAAACCAGUAUGACACGGAGAAGCCUCCCAGGUAUGUGAAUAGUACACAUUUAUCUUCUAGAGUUGGAAAACUUAAUGUGGAUUGGACAGAACCUGAUCAAUCUCCUGAGAAGGAGAAUGAAGCCUUCCAACAAGCAAUGACUCUGGCCGGCAGUGAGUUUUUAGAUGCUGUUCGAUUUCAUGUAAAAUCAUGGUUACCAUCACAAUCAAUCGUAAUCGAAUGUCUUUCAGAAAGACAUAAUGUUGAUCCUUGUGGAGAAAUCAUGGUUUUGAAGCAAUCUUGUCCGUGGAAGCUUCACUUGUUUGAGCUUGAGGAGGAGAUGAAGAUUGAAACUCCUAUUAAAUAUGUACUCUACCAGGAUGACAGGGGCAAACGAUGGCGGGUGCAGGCAGUGGCAAUAUCCCCAGAUAGAUUUGAGAGCCGUAGAGCUCUGCCUGCCGGUUGGCGAGGUCUGGAUGGGGAUGAACUCUCAAAGGAGGCAGGGAUCCCUGGCUGUGUCUUUGUCCAUAUGAGCGGCUUUAUUGGUGGAAAUGAAAGUUAUGAAGGCGCUUUGACCAUGGCUCGUGCUGCUUUAAAGCUUUAGGCACAGAAAAAGUCCUUUACAUUGCUACUUUUUAUCAACUGAGAACUUUAGUUUCAGAGUCUUGUAUGCAAGAAUCAGAUUGGUUGCUUCUGUUUUAUAGCAGUAAGACAAAAAUUCACUUA